CAACUUGCCACUGGUUAGGGUUUGCACUCUGCACAGAGAGAGAGAGAGAGGGAGAGAGAGAUUAUUAUUAUUCCAUCGUUUUUUUUUUCUUCUUCUGGGUAUGUGUAAAGUUCAAAAAUUUUUUUCCUCUUCUUUUUGAGUUUCAAUUUCUACCCACUGAGUUCGUGCAAAGAUCGCUUUUUUGUUCUUACCCUUUUCAAUACCAAGCAUGGGGAGCUUCUCUUUUUCAAGCUUGUGUUGUUUAGCUUAGUUUUUAGGAGUUGAGGGGCAUCCUUGGAUUGCGGUUUUGUGCGAAGAUAAGAUGGUCUUUGAGCUGAGCAUGGUUAUUGAUGGGUAGUAGAGCUAGAACAGUUAACGUUAGCAGCACUGGGGACAGUAACAACGUUGUCAACGGGAUGCCAAGUUACGCUCCUCCACCUCCUAUGCCUUCUUCUUCUAGUUCCAUGGGCAUUGAUGCAACUAAUGUUCUUCCUUCUCGAAUUUCUGAAUUUGGAAACCUUGAACAGUCUCUAGGAUUUCGCGUUGAGGAUGCCAUUAAUCUUAGCAGAAAUCCAUUGUUUAAUCAACUUCAACUGAAAUCAAAUAGCCAAGCUCUAGGUGCUGAUGUUCAAUUUGGUGCUUUAAGUAAGAUGCAGUCAAUUGCAAACUCGGAUAUAAACAUAUCUGCAGCAAUUGCUGGCUCUCAAACGUUGUCAUUACAAAAGGAUUCGCAACCAAAUCUGGCUUCGACAUCUGCUGGUCAUCGUGAGAACUGGGGAGAGUCCAACAUGGCAGAUGCAAGCCCUAGGACAGAUACUUCAACAGAUGAUACAGAAGAUAAAAAUCAAAUGCCUGAAAGGGGUGAAUCCAGUGAAAGAUCAAAAGAUAAAGCAGAUCAAAAGACGUUACGGCGGCUUGCUCAAAAUCGUGAGGCUGCCAGAAAAAGCCGGUUGAGGAAAAAGGCAUAUGUGCAACAAUUAGAGAGCAGUAGGCUGAAACUGACCCAACUUGAGCAGGAGCUGCAGCGAGCCCGCCAGCAGGGAAUAUUUAUUUCAAGCUCAGGAGAUCAGACCCAUUCAAUGAGUGGAAAUGGUGCUAUGGCUUUUGACGUAGAGUAUGCACGAUGGUUGGAAGAGCAUAAUAGGCAAACCAAUGAGCUAAGGGCUGCAAUAAAUUCUCAUGCUGGAGAUAUUGAACUUCGUACUAUUGUCGACAAUUUCAUGACGCAAUUCGAUGACAUCUUCAGGCUCAAAGGUAUUGCUGCAAAAGCCGAUGUUUUCCACAUUCUUUCAGGGAUGUGGAAGACUCCAGCUGAGAGGUGUUUCAUGUGGAUCGGAGGCUUUCGCUCAUCCGAGCUUCUUAAACUUCUUGUAAAUCAACUGGAGCCAUUAACUGAGCAACAAUUGAUGGGCAUCUACAACUUGCAGCAGUCAUCGCAGCAGGCCGAAGAUGCAUUGUCUCAGGGAAUGGAUGCAUUGCAGCAAUCACUUGCUGAGACAUUGGCGAAUGGUGCACCCAACCCAUCAGGCUCUUCAGGAAAUGUAGCAAACUAUAUGGGGCAAAUGGCUAUGGCCAUGGGAAAGCUCGGUACUCUCGAAGGGUUUCUUCGCCAGGCUGAUAAUCUGCGGCAACAAACAUUACAACAAAUGCUUCGAAUUUUGACAACUAGGCAAUCAGCUAGAGCUCUCCUUGCGAUUAGUGAUUAUUUCUCGCGGCUGCGAGCUCUAAGUUCUUUGUGGCUUGCCCGACCAAGGGAAUGAAGUAUUUCAAGCAUUGGCUCACCUGCAUUUCAUGAAGUUGGUGUCUCUUCACAAAGGAGAAUCUCUAGAAUCUCUACUUGUGGUGUUGUACUUUAGAUAAUGUGAUUUUUCUUCUCUCCACCUAUAAUCUCUCUCUCUAUCUCUCCACAUAGUGGUGGUGUGGUAGAACCCUUUCCCUUUAAUGGUUUUCAUGUGGCUUUGAAAAUAGUCUCAAUAAUUUGAUUAAUAGGUGUUUGAUAGAUAGAAUCUGAAGGGGGGAAUGUAGAGUAGUAUUGUGUAUUUUAGGGUACAGCUUCUCAUUGUAUCUUCAGAAAUUUAAGCUUAUUUGAGGGGAUGCCCCUCUCUCCUUUAUUUAUUUUUCAUUUUUCAUUGUUUGUGGUUUGAACAUAUGCACAUAUAAUCCUCUAUGGACCUGUGUGCAGUGGUGGUGUAUUUGUAUAUAUACAUAUUUGUAUGUCUAAAUUAUUGUUUUACUUGAAAGAAUUUUUACUAAAUAGUAACUCAAUUUGUAGUCA